UAUCUCUAAAGAUACACCUCAAGUGCUGUUGCAGACACAGAUGAGGGGGAGAAAUUUGUGCAGCUAAUUCUUUUCUUCAAAAUUCACUCCUUAUCUUAUAUUCUGCAACUGGUCAAGAAAGAACAGUGAAAUAUCCCAAUAGUAAUGGUACUGCUCAGAUAGCUCUCUGUGUGGGAAAGAAAAAAAAAUACAUUAAGCUCUUCUUAAAAGAAGAGAGUCUGAAUGAAAAGAAGUAAAAAACAAAUGAGAAAAGAGCUCAGAAAUUAGACUUCAGAUGUGCUGCAUCUGUUUGCUUUUUCACUGCAGACACUGAGAUAGAGAGAAGUGUUGAUUGACAGAUAGUCAGACAACUGGAGCAGGUAUGCAAAAUGCAGCUAGGUUGACUUAAAGUGUAUAGCAAUGAUAGCACUGUAACAAAGUACUCUUUAUGCUGAUUCUAACUCACUGUCCAUACACUAAACACUGAACAUACAUGCCAUAGAGCAGCUCACAAUCUUAGAGGAGUGGAGUAGAACAGGAACUGACCUUGCAAAAGAUACACACAAUCACAUGGAAUUUUAACCUCUUUAAAAGCUGCAUGCCACUUUCUUUUCGAAGAGAGAUAAAACUGGUACUCAUACAAAUCCACUUAAUUCCUGAUUAUAUUAAAGGAAAAGAUACAAAUACCUCCUUGUAGAAAUAGUGCUGAUGUGAAGUGAAAAAGAAGGAAGUAAACAUUAAAAGUGGCCAUUCAUAAGAAAGACGAACUUUGGCAAGAACUUUGAGUAAAAGUAAGCUGAAAGAACAAUACUGUGUAACCCACUGUGUAUGGCAUAGGUUCUGUAAAGUAGUUUUUCAAGGUAAAAGGUAACCCUAUAAACUUCACAAAGGGUGAUAAAGACCAUAAAGUCAUGUCUUUAUGGCUAAAAACAAAAACAAAAAAAAAAAAACAAAACAAACCUACAAACCGGCAUUUCCUUUAAUUCUGUUUCUACCUAUAAAAAGAGUGACCACUGAAAAUCACCUCCUCACAAGUAAUUACUCUAAUUCCUCACGACUGUCAUAAAUAGAUACAGUACGCAAAAAAAAAAAAAAAAAAAAAAAAAAAGAAAUUACCAAAAAUGCUUCUGGCUUUAACAUUCACUUUGGAAAUAUUGAGAAAUGGAGUCUCAUAAGUUAUUCAUAAGAUCAGAAUUAAUGCAGUCACUAUUCCUGGCUUCUGAUUAAAUGCUGCCUUGUAACCUAGUAACACUGGAAAUAAUGACCAGAUGAUAAUUUUCUGUGAACUGAGUAAAUGAAGAGAAGUUUGACAUGUCAGGUUGCAACAUUACUGGCCCAACAGUUGUGGAGACAAUUGUCUUCUGUGUCUGUAUGGGAUAGUGUAUCCAGACAAAGUCCAUUUCUAAUGAUGGAUUCAUUCUUGCUCUUCCACCAUGAUAGUUAAGACAGUGGAAGAUGGUGAUGAAGGAACAGAAAAUUGCAAUCUUAGAAUGAUAAAAAAAAAGGUAUUGAAAGUAAGGAGUUGUUUUUUUUUUCAACUCAUCCUCACUGACAGUAGUGGACAGAAUUCCCUGAGCAUGAUGCUGAGCUGUAAAUCCUCUGAUAGACUUCCAUAUAUUAUACAGGACCACAAAAGUAUAUAAAACUGUGUCACUCCUCACUAGGAUCUUAUCUUGCUAGAGGCUUCAAUAUAAGAGACAAGCAGAGGACACAGAGAAAAAAACUCAUAUUAGUAUUGCCAAUUUAAGACCAGAGUUGUGUAAGAACUCCCUGAAAAUUCCAGAAUUAAUCCAGGAUCUUCGUUCUCCUGAAUCUAAACUACUUAAGGGUUAGUUUUUAAAAAUUAGCCAGAAACUACCUGGGAUAGAAAAAUAAAAAUAAAUGCCAAGAAAAGUUAGUAAGGAAAAUGUACACACAUACAUACACACAUAUUUGUACACCACAGAGGUUCAGAACGCAUAAACCAUUGAAAUGGAAUCACUGAAGCAGAGAAAAAUCUCAGAAUAGGAACUAUCCAAUAAUUACUCAGUUAAUGUGUAAGUUAAGAAAGAGUCCUAACUAUUUGUGGAGGGCAAAGGGGGAAAAAGGCAAUGCAAGAAAAACAGAGAAGGCCAGAAGAGCAUUAAAUUUCAUAGCAGAAGUUACCAUUGCCACAGGGGAGAAAAAAUUUUAAAAAAAGAAGAAAGGAAGGAUUAGGAUCAGUCUGGAUCUUGAGGACAGCCAUUAGGGAGAGGCAAAAGAGUGGGAACGCACUAGAUGCGGGGAUGGAUGCGAAGCUGCCGAGGAGAGCCCGCCAGGAGCCGAUGCGGCGGAGCGGCGCCGGCAGCCUCUCGGCGGGGCUGCGCGGGGCGGGGGCUGCGGGCGGGAGGCGCGGGCGCUCCGCGGGGCCGGGCCGGGCGGGGCCGCGCUGCCGCCGCUCCGCGGGGAUGCGGCCGAGCUGAACGCGGGGGGACGGCGAAGGGAACGGCCGGGGAGCGGCUGCCGGAGCCGCGGGGGUGCUCUGGCCGGCCCCUUGCUGCCUGCCCCGGGCGUGCCUCCGGCCGGAGCAGCCGCGGUGUAAAGAAGGGCAGGCUGUAGAGAGGGGCAGGCUGCGCUGGGCUGCGCUGCGCUGCCGGCAGCAGCCGUGGCUCCCGGGCUCCCGGCUCCGGCUGCAGAGGGGUAGGGAGGGUUAGAACCGCUGGAGAGAAAUAAAACGCGUUCAAAAAAAAAAAAAAAAAAUUAAAAAAAAAUAAAUUAAAAAGCCAAUCCACCUAGAAGGAGGAUGGGGAAGGGGAUGAGAAGGAGAGAGGAGAGGACGGCUUCAGGAAGUGGUGAAUGGAAGAAGCUGGUGUCAUGGGCUAGAGGAGCAGGAGAUCAGAGGACAGCGUUCGCCAACUUGCCCUCUUGCCUUCACGCUCCAGGGCAGAGGAGUGAAGAGGAGAAAAUCGGGGAGGAAGGUGGAGAGGAGCAGCAGGAGGAGGAGAGCGGGAGGAGGGGGGGUCCUUGCGCGCUUAGGGGUAGGGGCGAGCGGCGAGCAGCGGUGUGAGAUGGCACUCACAUAAACACACAUCCCCAUCAUCUCUACAUCCACACGCGUCCAGGCAGGGGCGGGCAGAGCCUCCGCCGGCCCCCCGGGAGCAGCCGGGGGAGGCGCCUCGGUCCCCCCGCCGGGAGGGGGCACGGCGGGGCCGGGAGGGGCUCGCGGGAGCUGCGGGCGCGGAUGCCUUCACCUGGGGCUUUCCAUCGCUGAGCGAGCCGAGCAGCAGAGGCGGUCGGGUCUGGAGAACUACCUCUGGAUGGUUUAAAAAAAAAAAAAAAAAAAAAAAAAAAAAGAGGAAAAAAAAAAGGAAAAACCCAACUCUGCAAUCCUCUGCUCCCCCAGGCUCAGCACCAUAAGGGACUGCUAUAUUUGAGGCUGUCAGGAGGAUGGGAGAGAGACACUGAGAGUCAGGGCGAGAGAGCCGGUGCCACAGCAGCGCAUGAGUUUCUGUCAGGAGGUCUGAUUGCUUAGGAUUCAUAGGAGAUGGGAAAUGCACAUUGUGAAACGUUCUUUGGUUGCCCCAAGUGAGCACAUCCCCUUUAAUAUCACUUCAACCAAACCACUCUCCAACUGACUCAGCCAGAACAGGAGGAAUGCAGUAUAGUCACAUAUUAUGAAAAGGCAGUCCUAAUACAACUGGAUUCAGUGCAGCUCCUGGGCAUCAUCAGCUUUCAUUCAUACAGGACUUAAUCUGUGGAGAUAAUUUCUGCUUUGAAGAACUUCUGCACAGCCAAUUGGAAAGUUGAGGCUAAGCUUUAAUUAAGAAACAUCAACGUUGCUAACAACUGCACAAAGAGGGACGGAAGGACCUUUGUGACCAAGGAUGCGGUUGUCAUGGAAACUCUUGCUGUUUCUGUCACUCACUGGCUGUCUUUCAGAAUAUUCAGAAGCUGUUCCUGGUGUCCCCACAUCAUAUGCUGCUAUCCUAAGAAUCAAAUCUGGUAGCUCAUCUUUAGCUUCAUUUAAUUCAAAGAACAGGCCACGAUUAAGCAGUCCUUCAUUAGGGAGUGUGUCUUCACCAGGCUGGAGAGGAGCCGCACAACAUUAUCACUCCCCAACAAACCUCUACCACUUUUCAGAGACCUUCAAACAUGAUGAAAGUGUUGAUUAUGGGCCAGUGUUUGUACAAGAGCCAGAUGAUAUGAUUUUUCCAACUGAUUCUGAGGAAAAGAAAGUGUCUCUGAAUUGUCAAGCACGUGGAAAUCCUACUCCCACAUACAGAUGGCUUCGAAAUGGAACUGAAAUCGACAUUGAAAGUGAUUAUCGCUUCAGUUUAAUAGAAGGAAGUUUGAUCAUCAGCAACCCCAGUGAAAUGAAAGACUCUGGACAGUAUCAAUGUUUAACUACAAACGUUUUUGGCAGUAUUUUAAGCAGAGAGGCUGUUCUUCAGUUUGCAUAUCUGGGGAAUUUUAGCGGUCGGACAAGAAGCGCUGUAUCUGUGCGUGAAGGUCAAGGAGUUGUUCUGAUGUGCUCCCCUCCACUUCAUUCUCCAGAGAUCAUCUACAGCUGGGUAUUUAAUGAAUUCCCAUCUUUUGUGGCAGAAGACAGCAGGCGCUUCAUCUCUCAGGAGACAGGCAAUCUCUACAUAUCCAAGGUGCAAACAUCCGAUGUUGGCAGCUACAUAUGCCUGGUAAAAAACACAGUGACAAACGCCAGAGUUUUGAGUCCUCCUACGCCUCUGACUCUGAGAAACGAUGGUGUGAUGGGGGAAUAUGAACCAAAAAUUGAAGUCCAUUUUCCUUACACAGUUACAGCUGCAAGGGGAACUACUGUUAAGAUGGAGUGUUUUGCACUUGGAAACCCUGUUCCAACAAUCUCUUGGAGGAAAGUUAAUGGUCAUAAUCCAAGUAAAGCCCGCCUGAGAAAAUCCCAAGCUGUGCUUGAAAUACCUAAUGUGCAGCUAGAGGACUCAGGAAUGUAUGAAUGUAAGGCUGAAAACUCUCGUGGAAGAAAUGUCUUCAGAGGACAGCUACAAGUAUACACCUACCCCCACUGGGUGGAUAAACUCAAUGACACCCAGUUAGACAGUGGAGAUCCGCUCCGGUGGGAGUGCAAAGCCACUGGAAAGCCAAGGCCCACGUACCGCUGGCUGAAAAAUGGAGCUCCUCUCUGGCCACAGAGCAGGAUUGAGAUGAUUAAUGGUGUUCUGAUGAUCCACAGUGUGAAUGUCUCAGAUGCUGGAAUGUAUCAGUGCUUAGCAGAAAAUAAGUAUGGUACGAUUUAUGCCAGUGCCGAGCUGAAGAUUUUGGCUUCAGCUCCCACCUUCCCACUCAGUCAAAUGAGGAAAACAAUAAUUGUUACCAAGGGCCAGGAAGUUGUCAUUGAGUGCAAGCCACAAGCCUCUCCAAAGCCAACUAUCACCUGGAAGAAAGGCGACAAAGUGUUGAGGGAGAAUAAGAGGAUAACUAUUCUUCCACAUGGGAGUCUGCGAAUCCUGAAUGCUUCCAAGUCUGAUGAAGGGCGGUAUUUAUGUCAAGGUGUAAAUGUGUUUGGAUCUGCAGAAAUCAUUGCAUCAGUAUCCGUUAAAGAACCUACAAGAAUAGAGCUGACUCCCAAGAAGAUUGAGUUAACGGUCGGAGAGAGCAUCGUCCUCAGUUGCAAAGCCCUUCAUGAUAGCACAAUGGAUGUCACCUUCUACUGGACACUCAAUGGGCAGCCAAUUGACUUUGAGAAAGAAGGUGGACACUUUGAAAGCAUCAAGGCACAAGCAUCCUCUGCAGAUUUAAUGAUCAGGAACAUCCUCCUGAUGCACGCCGGGAGAUACGGCUGCAGGGUCCAGACCGCAGCGGACACCGUGUCAGAUGAGACAGAUCUGCUUGUCAGGGGUCCUCCUGGUCCCCCAGGGGUUGUAAUAGUGGAGGAAAUUACAGACACAACAGCAACACUCUCCUGGAGUCCUGGGGCAGACAAUCACAGCCCUAUCUCCCUCUACAACCUGCAAGCACGCAGUCCAUUUUCUCUUGGCUGGCAGACCGUAAAAACAGUUCCAGAUCUGAUAAGUGGUGACAUGGAGUCUGCUAUGGCCGUGGAACUGAACCCUUGGGUGGAGUAUGAGUUCAGAGUAGUAGCAACCAAUAAAAUUGGGACUGGAGACCCAAGUACACCAUCACGAGUGAUCAGAACCAAUGAAGCAGUGCCAAAGACACCUCCAGCUAACGUAAGUGGCAGAAGUGGAAGGAGGCAUGAAUUAGUAAUAGCAUGGGAGCCAGUGUCAGAAGAGUUUCAGAGUGGAGAAGGAUUUGGAUAUAUUGUGGCCUUCAGACCCAAUGGAACUCGUGGGUGGAAGGAAAAAAUGGUGACAUCUUCAGAUGCCUCAAAAUUCAUCUACAGAGAUGAAAGUGUGCCACCUCUGACUCCUUUUGAGGUGAAAGUUGGUGUUUACAACAACAAAGGAGAUGGUCCCUUCAGCCCUAUUGUGGUCAUCUGCUCAGCUGAAGGAGAACCCACUGCUGCUCCCAUCGAUGUCAAAGCUACGAGUCUGUCUGUAUCAGAGAUUCUUGUUGCGUGGAAACAUAUUAAAGAAAGUCUAGGAAGACCACAGGGAUUCGAGGUUGGGUACUGGAAGGACAUGCAGCAGGAAGAAGCAGCAGAAAAGGUCAAAACGGAGGGAAAUGAGUCAUCCAUCCUCCUGACAGGAUUAGAAGGAAACACAUUAUAUCACCUAACAGUGAGGGCAUACAAUGCUGCAGGGUAUGGACCACCUAGCACUGCUGUGCAUGCAGCAACCAAGAAAUCCCCUCCUAGCCAAGCACCAGGCAAUAUUAUGUGGAUACAGGAUGGCUCACAUGUGUCUCUUGGAUGGGAGCCAGUCAGACCUCUAGCUAAUGAAUCUGAUGUAAUGGGAUACAAGGUGUUAUUUCGGCAAGAGGGCCAGAGCAAUAGCCAAGUUAUAGAAACACAGAAAACCUCUGCAGUGGUACUUCUUCCUGAUGUUGGGGUCUACAUCAUUGAGGUCUGUGCAGUCAGUGAAGGAGGGGAUGGCACUGCAAGUCCCCAGAUCAGAGUUCCAUCUUUUUCAGGAGGGAAAGUAACAAGUGCUCAGUCCACCUUACAUGUGUUAUCUACUUCCUCAUCCUCUGUAACACUGCUUUUGGCACUGAUGGUACCUUCAGCCUCAUGGUGAAGGCUGCAGACUUUGUUGUUGUUGUUAUUUGUUUGUUUUAACUUGAUGACACCAAGGGAUGGAGUUUUAUGUCCGUGGAGAAACCCAAAAUCCAAGGUAAUGCUUAAAGACCCAUCGGAAUGCCUGUGGUGCACUUGGAGGAGUGUUGGAGACACGGUCAAUAAUUCAUCAGGUUUUUAUCUCUUCUUUAUUUGUAAAAGUCCUCUGGGGAGGAGACCCUUCUUGGCCCAAAAAUAUGCAGAUUUUAUGUAAUAAACUUUUGUAAGCAAAGGUAAUUUCUGUCAAAUCUAUUUUCCUUUUUCAAUAUGUUCAAAUUUGGUGAACACAGUCAGGUAUCAUCAGGUGUUUAAAAGGUGGUGUCUUGUACAGUACACCUGUAUGAUUUGGAGAAAAAAACAUCCUUUUUUAAAUAUAGAACAAAGUUUGAUACAGCUUUUUCUUUUGAAUACUUUGCUUGCAUCCCUGAUAAAUGGUUGUUCCCACUGACAAGGAAGAAAAACAUAGUUUAUAUACAAAGACCGCUGCAGAAGUAAAGAAGAACUUCUGAAAAUAUAUAAUAUGUAUUCAAUUAGCAAAAAGAAUUGCCAAUCUAAUACUGGACAUCUUACCUCAGAAAAUAGCAAAAUGGAGCAGAAAACCCAUUUAUUUUAUUAACAGGUAAAUGGAAAAUUAUCAAACACGGCUUGGGAGGAAAUCAGUUGGUUUUUAUCAAAUACCACAAGAAUUCAUGUCCAAUGAACGUUUCAACAGAAAAUAAGAAAUCAAUUCCUACUGCAAAUGACAAUGAAAACUCCACUGGGCAUUUAACCAUGGUAUACAUUAAGCUACUAAGGGACAAAUAAAGCAAUGCAAGGAGGCAAACCUACUUUUCCCAACCACUUCUCAGUCGUAACUUUUUUUUUUCCCUUUGAGUCCAAUUUUUGGUAACAUUCUAUGCUUUGUAUAGGUGGUACUCCAGUUGAAAUAUAUAUGAAAGCAUAUUAUGGAGAGAAUAUUAACAUUUUUCAGAAUGGCAUUAUCCACAUAUAUGCAGACUGCAGUAGGAUAUAUUUUGGAGAAUUUUGUUUCUGAGAAAAAAAUACUUGGAAAAGUGCUACAGAGCAUCAUUCCAAUUAUUUAUCUAAUUGGAUCUAUUUCUAUAGCUCGCUGGAGAUUAUUCUUGUAGGUACUGUGUGCUAUCAGAUUUCAUCCCCAUUUUUUGCUGUACCAGACAAUUUUUUACUCAAUAGACAAUUUGGACAAUUUUUUCUCCUUUGGAAGACUUUCUCACAUACUGGAACCUGAGGAAAAAUGACUCCCAGGGAAGAUGGUGUGCAUGUUUGUACAAUCAUGGUGUGCACGGUGUUAUGAAGGGUGGCAUUUUACUAAAAUAUCUGGGGAUCAUGCCUAGGAAAAACAUUGCAGUGCCUGGGAAGAAUCAAGUCAAAAAGGGUUAACAUGAAGGUCCUUAUAGCAUGGUUCUUCCAGUUGUCUAUCCCUCUAAAAUUUUUGAUGAAAACCCAUCUUAGCUGAUGGGUUCCCAAUUCAAAAUGCUGUUAUUUUGCCACUUCACUAGCAAAAUAAUUUUUGACUUUUAGAGAAUACACUGCAACAGUGCUCUUUCUCAGCUGCUUCAAAACAGUAGUGAGGAAAGCACAACAGAAAUGAGGAGGUGAAAAGCUGAUGAUGACUAAAUAUUUUUGCUUUUGAAUAUUUUAUCAGUAAAACUUUCAGAGAAGGUUCAAGUCAAAUCUUUGUUACCCAUUAAUAUUUUAAAUAAUUUUCCAAAAAAUGGUGUUUAAAAUUACUUAAGUCACCAUGCUGCUCAGAAUACAAAGGCAGGAUAGCUACCUAAGAAUUGACUGUAGACAUACAAAAAAGAGGCCUUCUAUAUCUCUGCUUCUGGAACAGCCUUUGAGAUCAAAGACAGGAAAAUGUAAUAUACCUUGCUGAUAAGGCAAACUCACAGAGAAUCACUACCUGCUGUCCCUUGUAAAACAGCAGCAUUGCUACUGUGCAGAGAGCCUGCAUCAGCAGUCCAUCAUCUGCCAAAAUGUUAAAAUAAAUAAGAAUAAAGUGAUGAACCAAAAAGUCAAAUGGCUAUUUUAUAAAUUAGUUAUGCAUAAUUUCCUCUAUUUUUUAUACAGUUGGUUGCCAAUGCAGUUUAUUUCAGAGUAUUCAGAAAGGCUACAUUCACUGCUGGUGGCAUUUGGUUAAACUUUCUGAUAACAAUAAAUGGAUGUGCUUUAUAGGAAGAAUAAAACUCUGAUAAAGAGACAGAGCUCCACCUAGACACAUCUCCCUCUCUAGUAUGAAGAUACAAAUAGAAAUACUGAACAUACCAUCAGGUAAUGUAGUUGUAUUGCAGGGACAAAAGGAGGUAUGUUUUAUAUUCAACAUGAACAGAAUAUGUAUUUUGCAUCUUAAAUAUAUUAAUAAACAUGUUUUAAAUGUUUAAGUACCUAUGUAUUACCUAUUUGUUACUUUGUAGAAGAUGUUUCCUUAUCAUGGCAUUUUUAGUUGCAAGGGAAAGCUUUUUCCUUUUUCAUGUAAAAGAUUGUAAUAGUGCAGUCUAGCGUCACUGAGGAGACUGUAUUUUUGUAUAAUGUCACAGGAUCUGUUCAGAAAAAAAACAAUUACAAAGAAACCUUGUUACACAGACCAAAAGAAAGCUUCUGUCAUGGCCCAUAUCGAAAUGUUAGAUAUAUUGUAUACAAUCUGUAUAUAUGCUAUAUAUAAUGGUAUAUACAGUGUGGAAGACACAGUAAUACAAUAGUUUCUGUGUACUGUUCUUGUAACAUUAGAUCUUUUUAAUAAAUUAUUCUCUUUUUAUUGA